AGCAGAACAGAAGCAGAAGCGGGAGCCUGCGCGCGUCUCCCGUCCCCACCACCCACAGCAAGUGCCACUCAGGCCGGCACCACUGCCCCUUUCCUCCGUGCGCCGCCCGCCGCCGUGGCCCCAGCUUCUCGCGCUCGCUCCGUCCGCGCAAUGCCGGGCCAGACCAUGCCCGGGAUCAGAGUUCUUGGCUCGGAGCUCGCUUUGAUUCAAGAUUAGAGCAACGAGAAUAAGAAAAAAGGUUCUUGGUUUUGGGGCAGGCGAGGUUUUCCGCGGCGGCGCGGAGAUCGUGCUCGGUUGCGUUGCGUGUUGCUGUCCCCUGGUUUGGUUGGAGAGAAAUUGGCGAAAAGUUUGAAAUUUGGUGCCGGGAGAUCGGGCCGGGCGAGAAUGGCUUCCAUGGCGGGGGCGCCGAGGGUUAGGUCCCUCAACAUCGCGGCGCCGGAGGCGGACGCGAGGCCGGUGCUGGUGCCGGGGGGCAACAAGGCCCCGGCCGCUGCGCGGAAGCCUUCCCCCAAGCCGCUGCGGAAGGCGGCCGAGGCCGCGCCGGAGAAGCCUCCGGCCGCCGACGCGGCCAAGGGGGGUGAGGAGCAGGGCGCAAAGAAGGACGCCGCGGCCGCCACCGCCGGCGUCGACGGCGACGGCGACGCGAGGAAGGGGGGCUCGCCCCCCUUGCCAUCGCCGAGGAAGCCGCACGAUGCGCCGGCGGUUGUCCUCAACGCGUCCUGCUCCUCGGAAGCCUCCGUGGAGUCGCUCCGCGGCCGGUCCUCAGGCGGAAGGACGGAGAGGAGCUGGCCCCGGCCGGCUGCGGCCAAGCGUGGGAAGGCUGCUGGUAAGGUUGUGGGGAAGCAUGCCGGUGUGCCGGAGGUUGUCGCGCCGGUGACGCCGAAGGCCGUCCAAGGGAAGAAGCGGUGCGCUUGGGUGACUCCGACCACCGAUCCUCACUAUGUCACUUUCCAUGAUGAGGAAUGGGGGGUUCCAGUUCACGAUGACAGGAGAUUGUUCGAGCUACUUGUAUUAUCUGGUGCACUAGCAGAGCUUUCAUGGCCUGAAAUUCUUAAGAAGAGACAAAUUUUCAGGGAACUUUUCAUGAACUUCGAUCUGAUUGCCAUCUCCAACAUAAAUGAAAAGAAGCUGGUAGCGCCAGCGAGCAUUGCCAGGUCCCUUUUGUCAGAGCAAAAACUGCGAGCAGUCAUCGAAAACGCUCGCCAGAUAGUUAAGAUUGCAGAUGAAUUUGGAUCCUUCAGCCAGUACUGCUGGGGUUUUCUGAACCACAAACAGAUAGUAAGCAAAAUCCGAUAUCCAAGGCAAGUCCCUGUCAAGAGCCCCAAGGCAGAUAUUAUUAGCAAAGACAUGGUGCGAAGGGGACUCCGAGGCGUGGGCCCGACGGUCAUAUAUUCCUUCAUGCAGGCAGCAGGUCUAACCAAUGAUCACCUGGUCAGUUGCUUCCGCUUCAAAGAAUGCACUGCAUGCCCAACCCUUUGCGCGAGUGACACCGACAGUGCGAAGACGAAGGCAGAUCGAAAAACGGAUGAGCCGAGAACAAAAGCCCGCGGCGAGGAAUCGACUGUAAAUGCAGACCUGUCGACUGCCGCAAUCGACAUACUCACCAUUUCGUAGCAUUACGAGGAGCAGCGGCGUGGUGAGCCGGCUAUAUAUUGUGGUCGUGUUACCUCUGUAGAUUUUGUGCUAGGUUGCCCGUUGAAAUGAGUCUAGGGAUUGUGCAUAGAUCAUUUGUGUCAGUAAUGCGACUCGGUCUGUUAGUAUAUUGAUAUUACUAGGACCAUUAUCUUUGGUGAAGACCUUCCGAUGCUAUGAUGUGGGGGCUGCAAUUCUGCAUCAUUGCCUGCAUUCCCUGUGGCGCUUGCUUGAGGGCACAUUGAAGCAAGCAGAUGGAUGAACCUGAAAUUGCUGGUGCUUGCCCUGUGAGGCCCAGUGACCUAACAGCAGAGGCAGUUAUGCAUAUGCUCAACUGCAGGAAGGCUGCCUCUGUGUGAGGACACAGCAACAACUAGGCUUGGUCGGUCUGUCACUUGGUUCAUGCCAAGGACAUGGACAUGUAAACUACUCCGUAUUUUAAACAUGUGAAAACACAUGAUGCAUCUUAACAGCGGGCUGAAAUGGCGAAAUGUCACCAGAGUUGCAGUUGCA